AAGGCGCGCAGCUUGAAAAGGUUUUUGGUUUCCCGCGCCUCGUCUUUGCUGUCGCGGCCCUUGCUAAGCGCGUGGAGGAGCAGCCGCGGCUUUUAACGAUAGGAAGGUAGAGUGGCGGUGUAGUUGGUUUUUAAAGCAAAACCAUGGGAAUCCCGGGUUUGCUCCAGUUUAUCAAAGAAGCUGCAGAAUCUACCCAUGUGAAGAAAUACAAAGGGCAAGUUGUUGCUGUGGAUACUUACUGCUGGCUGCAUAAAGGAGCUUAUGCAUGUGCCGAGAAGUUAGCCAGAGCGGAACCUACAGAUCAGUAUGUUGUUUACUGUAUGAAACUAGUGGAUAUGCUUCUGUCAUUUGGGGUCAAACCAGUUCUAGUAUUUGAUGGAUGUACUUUGCCUUCCAAAAAGGAAGUUGAAAAGUCGAGAAGAGAGAAACGACAAGCAAAUCUUCUGAAAGGGAAGCAGCUUCUACGGGAGGGGAAAUUGUCAGAAGCCAGAGAAUGCUUUGCACGUAGCAUUAAUGUCACACACGCUAUGGCCUGUGAAGUUAUUAAAGCUGCUCGAGUAAAAGGAAUAGACUGCAUUGUUGCUCCUUACGAAGCUGAUGCUCAACUAGCUUACCUCAACAAGACUGGCACAGUCCAGGCUAUAAUUACUGAGGAUUCAGAUCUUCUUGCCUUUGGGUGUAAAAAGGUGUUUCUGAAACUUGACAAGUUUGGAAAUGGCUUGGAAAUUGACCAGGCUCGGCUAGGAAUGUGCAAACAGCUUGGUGAUGUGUUUACAGAAGAGAAAUUCCGUUACAUGUGUAUUCUGUCCGGUUGUGACUACCUUCCAUCAAUUCAUGGUAUUGGGUUAAGCAAAGCAUGCAAGUUACUAAAGAUAGCCAACAAUCCUGAUAUUAUUAAGGUCAUUGGGAAAAUUGGGCAGUACCUGAAGAUGAAUAUAUCAGUACCCCAAGAAUACAUAGAAGGAUUUAUUCGUGCUAAUAAUACUUUUCUCUAUCAGUUGGUUUUUGACCCUGUGAGAAGAAAACUUGUUCCUUUGAAUGCUUACAGUGAUGAUGUUGAUCCAGAAAUGCUACUGUAUGCUGGGAAACACAUUGGUGAUAGCACUGCUUAUCAAAUUGCACUUGGAAAUAAAGACCUCAAUACACUGGAGCAAAUUGAUGACUACAACCCAGAUGUUUCAAAGCGAAGAAGUUACAGCUGGAAUGACAACUCUAUUGGUGAAAAAACAUCCAGUGUAAAGAGUAUUUGGAGCAGAGACUACAUGCCCGGUUUGGCUGAUGAAGCAGUGCCAAAUUCUGCACCAUUGUUGGAGAGGCCCCCAACCAAAGGCACAGAGCGGCUGAUUACUACAAAAGGAUUGAAACUUCCACACAAAACCAUGUUGACAAAAAGGCAAAGGCAUGAGGAGCUAUCCGAUGGAGAUCUCUUGAGCCAGUAUUCCUUUUCUAGCUCAAAAAAGCCUAAGACAGAAAAGAAUGAAGCCAUCAAACACCAUGACAUUGUCAGUGCAGUGACUUCAGCCCAAGUUUCAAUUGACCUUUCCAGUAACAAAGAAACUUCGAACUUCCAGCCUCGAUUUAGAAAUAAAUUUGCCUUUUUGCCAAUGAAGGAUGAAGAGCGUGGUGUAGUUGUCGUUCCGGGGACAAAAAGCAGGUUCUUCUGCAGUAUCAUGGAUAUGCCUGCUGAUAUAUCAAAGGGUGACGCCACCAAGCCGUCCCAGAGAAGUGGGGUGGAGUUUCAGACUGUGGAAGCUGAAAGGGCAGAAGCAAAAGAUUGCAGAUCUUCCUCCCCAGGGGCUGUGGAAACUGGACGAACUAACUCACCUUCACUUCAGACAACACAAACAAGCUGUUUCAACUGGUAUAAAAGCUUUUCAGAAAGAUCUGGGACACCCAGCCCUCAAAGCAUAGCACAGCUAAAGCGGUUUCACCGACAUUCACCUGACACAACUGUAUCUCAGGAUUGUAAGAUGUCCGAAUCACAGAUGUUAAGCUCAAUAUUUGGUAAAGAGUCCAAUGAAGAAUCUUCACUGUUGAAAGGACUGAGCUGUUUAUCUGAACGGAAGUCAAAUGAGGUUUCCCAGAGCAGUCUGGACAGUCUAGAAAAUUCUCCAGUGCCCAACAAAACCACUAUUGAUGCCAAAGUUUUUGGAUUACAUAAAACCAGCCCUGUAAGAUCUUGUGUUGUGACAAAACACAUGUCUCUGAUGCCUGCCAAAGUUAGUGGUUUAAGCAAAAGAAUAGCAAGUACAAAGAAGAAAAACCAUCACAAUGCUGAAAAUAAGUCUGGACUGCAAGUGACAAUUAAUGAUCUGUGGAAAAGCUUCCAGUUUAAAAGGCAAUCGGAAAGGCUGCCCUCAUGCAAAAAAGCAGAACCAUUGUCUCCAAUCAAAGAUAACAUCCAGCUCACUCCAGACACAGAGGAUGAUGCUUUUAAUAAACUUGAAUUCAGUCAUGUACAGCGGAAAAUAUUUUAAUGAACUGAAAUCACAGCUCUGGACAACUUCAUAAUCUUUGGCCAAUGGCAUAUUCUAAACAGAUUGGAAUUACCGGUAAUUGCUCAACGGACAACAUGAAUCAAAGUAACACUUAUAUCUGUUUGCAGAUGAACUGAGCAUUUUAGAAUUCAUCAGACAUUUUGUCAGCUUCGGUUCUGUAAGAAGCAAAAUGUUUGAUACAGGCUAAAAUAACAUAAUUUGGUCACAAUUUCAUCUUCUGACUCUGAAAAAGAAAAAAAUGUUUUCAGAAGACAGACUGCUAAGCUGAGGAAUGAAAGAUUCAAGUUGCAAAAGUUGUGGUUUUUGCUUAAAGCUGAGUUGUACAGAUGCAUGAAUUUUUUCUGCUUGUGUAAAAGGAUCUUCCCAUUCCCUCAGCAGCCCCCUGAGUACCAGAAAGCUUCAGCAAAGGAUCUGAGAACCUUGCAGCCUUCCCUUGAAUUUCACAAUGCUCUGCUGACAAGGGUCUCUGACCUUUAACUAUUUCUAAGAAAAAUCCUUUUGUGCAAACGCCUUCCACUCCUGCAAACAGAGUAUCAGAUCUUUAAUCUGUACACAUGUGUGAUUUUGUCCUGUGUGAUUUAAGAAAGGGAGUAAAGUUGUUAAAUAAAUUUAUUAUAUAAUUUAUAGGCUGGGCCCUACUAACAGGGUUAAUGGAACAGAUAUUUCCUGGCUCCUCAGUACAGCUGCUCUCCCCUCCAGCUCAGAACUGCUGAGGGCUGAGGGACCCUUGGGUGCAACAUGGGGCAGGGAGCAGGAGCUUACAGUACAAGGAAGAAAAUUUGUAGAUAUUUACCCCCUCCCCCACUCAGCCAGUGUGGGUUCAAGCUCUCAUGUCAUUCAAAGAACAUAUGGUAAAGCUGUUCUACUCUUAAGAACUGUAUCCACUACCAAGUAUAGGUGGUGGAGUCACAAAGAAAUAUUCAUAUUCUUUUUGUGGCAAUUAUGUGAAUGGCAAUUUGGUAUAAAUCUAUAAACAUAAUAGAUUUUUUUAAAUUUCA